GGAUCUGAUGAACCGCCGGUUUUCCUGGAAAUGCACUACAACAAUGCCCCAAACACCAAGCCAAUUGUCUUUGUGGGCAAGGGCAUCACCUUUGACACCGGUGGCAUCUCCCUGAAGUCCUCCUCCAACAUGGACCGAAUGCGCGCCGACAUGGGCGGCGCCGCUAAUGUCCUCUCCACCAUCUACACGCUGGCCACCAAGAAAGCCCCGGUUAACAUUAUUGGACUGACCCCGCUGACGGAGAACAUGCCCAGCGGCAAGGCCACCAAGCCCGGCGACACGGUCAUCGCCUCCAACGGCAAGUCCAUCCAGGUGGACAACACCGACGCCGAGGGACGGCUUGUGCUCGCCGACGCCCUGAUCUACGCACACCAGUUUGACCCGCUGCUCAUUCUGGACAUUGCUACGCUAACUGGUUCCAUGAAUGUCGCCCUAGGAUCUGCUGCCACUGGCGUCUUCACCACCUCACCCAAGUACUGGAGCCUGCUGCAGAAGGCGGGCACAGAGACCGGCGACCGCGUCUGGCGGAUGCCCGUCUUCAACCACUACACCAAACAGGUGGUGGACAGCCAGCUGGCCGACCUGAACAACCUGGGCAAGUACGUGGGCAGCGCCGGCUGCUGCAUAGCCGCCGCCUUCCUCCGCGAGUUUGUCACCCACCCCCACUGGCUCCACCUCGACAUUGCCGGCGUCAUGGACAACAGAGACGAGGUGGCCUACCUCUGCAAGGGCAUGAGCGGUCGACCGAUGCGCACGCUGGUCAAGUUUGUCGAGCAGAUCUUUGAGAGUAAGGCCUUUUGA